GGUCAUAUAAACAAACAGGCUAGCAACAUUUUUGCUUUCCUUUUGGUUUUGUGGGGCAACCAAGCUUGCAACUUUAAGCAUCAAAUUCUGCCGUAACCAUUCGACCCAGGUGAGAACAAACCAAAACAAGAAAAAAUUAGAGAAAUUAAGAGACGACGGAGGAGGGUUUUUUGCUUUUUCUGGUUGAAGAAGAGGAGCGUAAAAGAACCAGAAAAACAACAAAUGGCGACUCUAAAUCAGCCUCACGAGCAGCUUCAAACACUGAUGCAAGCUAGUCAAAUGUCAGGGAGUUUCAGUUUCAGCGGGUUGAUGUCUAAAGAAGAUGAAGAGAUGUCUCAAUCUGCUCUUUCUACUUUCAAGGCCAAAGAAGAAGAGAUCGAGAAGAAGAAAUUGGAGGUUAAAGAACGGGUUCAAGCUCAGUUGGGUCGGAUUGAAGAAGAAACCAGACGUUUAGCUUCCAUUCAAGAGGAACUGGACGCUCUUACAGAUCCAAUGAAGAAAGAAGUAACACUUGUUCGUAAGAAGAUUGAUACGGUCAACAAAGAGUUGAAGCCACUCGGACACACCUGCCAGAAAAAGGAGAGGGAGUAUAAGGAAGCGCUGGAUGCUUUUAAUGAAAAGAACAAGGAAAAAGUACAACUAAUUACAAGAUUAAUGGAGCAGCUGGUGAGCGAAAGCGAGAAGGAGAGGAUGAAGAAGCUGGAGGAGCUGAGCAAGAGCAUCGAAACCAUACAAUAAGUUAAUGAUGGGGUUUGUUAAUCUGGUAAUUAGGUUUGUAUGAUGAAGGUUUGGUUGGGAUUUGUGUGGGUGUUUAGUUUAAUCUGGUUAAAACAGGUUUGUUUUUGGUUUCUUUAUCCUAAUUAUUAUUCUUUUUUCUUCAUGUAUCAAGUAAAGUAGUAGUUAUCUUUUACACUGUGAAUGGAAAAAUAACAUCAUGUGUGGGUUUGAGAAUUAUUGGUCGAUUGAACCGUUGUUUUUA